AUGGCUCAGCCGGGACGGGACGACAACACCAGUGGCGUGACGCUCGCGGACACGAAUCCAGCUGCCGCACCCGGCGCAACGGCCGCCGGAGCCGACGAGGCCAAGGCGAAAUAUCCCAAAGGAAUCGUUCUUGGCCCUGACGGAAAGCCACUGACCAGCUGCCGAACAUGCACAUCUUCGACCUUCUGGGCGUCGAUGGGCAAGACACCCAAGACGAAGGGAUCUGCGACGACGGCGACGGCGCCAUCAGCGACGAAUGGGCUUCCGGCCGACUGCCCGCCGGAUGUAGAGCGCCUGGGGAACAGCUCGUGGACGCUCCUGCACAGCAUCGCCGCCACAUAUCCCGAGAACCCAAGUCCGGCGCAGAAGGACGACCUGCGCGGCUUCAUGCGGACGUUCAGUAGGCUGUACCCGUGCUGGGUGUGCGCCGAGGACUUCCAGAGCUACAUCAAGAAGGACGAGGUGCGCGUCGAGGGUAGGCAGGAGUUUGGCAAUUGGCUUUGCAUGGCACACAAUGAGGUGAACCGCAAGCUUGGCAAGAAGGAACCCCUCGAGCUCCCUACCUCUGCUCUACUUGGUUCGCACAUCGUCAAACACUCUGCUAUACUACCUGUUCCGCGCCAUACAUCAGAUCAGAACCUUUCUGUGCCUUACCCCGAACCAGCCAUGGCCAGUAUUCGCGAGGAAGGGCUCAAGGAGCCCAUUGAGGUGGCCACCUACCUGUACAAGAGACUCUACGAGAUUGGCGUCCGCUCACUUCACGGAUUGCCCGGCGACUACAACCUUGUCGCACUGGACUACCUUCCCAAGGCCGGCGUCAAAUGGGUGGGCAGCGUCAAUGAGCUCAAUGCAGGUUAUGCUGCAGAUGGCUAUGCCCGUGUCAAGGGCGUCUCGGCCAUCAUGACCACCUUUGGCGUAGGUGAGCUGUCGGCCAUCAAUGCCCUCGCCGGCGCCUACUCGGAACACAUUCCUGUCGUUCACAUUGUCGGAUGUCCCUCCACCGUAUCACAGCGAAACGGUAUGCUGUUGCACCACACUCUUGGUAAUGGCGAUUUCAAUGUCUUCGCCAACAUGAGCUCCCAGAUCUCCUGCAACAUGGCCAAGCUCAACAACCCUGCCGAGAUUGCGACCCAGAUUGAUUAUGCUCUUCAGCAGUGCUACAUUCAGAGCAGGCCUGUCUACAUCAUGUUGCCUACCGACAUGGUGGAAAAGAAGAUCGAGGGCGCCCGACUCAAGACACCGAUUGAUCUUGAGGAGGCACCCAACGACCCAGAAAAGGAGGACUACGUCGUCGAUGUCGUCUUGAAGUACCUCCACGCUGCCAAGAAGCCAGUUAUGCUCGUGGACGCCUGUGCUAUUCGUCACAGAGUGCUAGACGAGACCCACGCGUUGUUGGAGAAGUCUGGUAUCCCCGUCUUUGUGACGCCCAUGGGAAAGAGUGCCAUUAAUGAGACACACUCCAACUACGGUGGUGUCUAUGCCGGCGAGGCCUCGCGCCCCGAAGUCAAGGAGAAGAUAGAGUCGGCGGACUUGAUUUUGUCCAUCGGUACUCUCAAGAGCGACUUCAACACAGCCGGCUUCUCGUAUCGGACCUCUCAGCUCAACACCAUUGACUUCCACAGCACACACACCGUGGUACGAUACUCGGAAUAUCCUGGCGUCAAGAUGAGGGGCGUGCUCCGUAAAGUGACGGAGAAGCUUGACCUCAGCAAACUGUCGGUCAUCCCGUCGCCAGAUGCCCCUGUCGCCCUGCCGACGAAGGAGGAGGAUUCGUCACAGACAAUCACUCAGGCGUGGCUGUGGCCCAGAGUAGGCCACUUCUUACGCAAGAAUGAUAUUGUAGUGACGGAGACUGGCACUGCCAAUUUCGGUAUCUGGGACACAGCCUUCCCAAGUGGUGUCACGGCUCUGAGCCAGGUUCUCUGGGGCAGCAUCGGAUGGUCUGUCGGCGCUUGCCAGGGCGCUGCUCUGGCCUCCAAGGACGCCCAGACUGACAGGCGGACUAUCCUGUUUGUGGGCGAUGGAUCAUUCCAGCUCACCGCCCAAGAGGUCACCACAAUGAUCCGCCAUCAACUCAGAGUGACAAUCUUUGUCAUUUGCAACGACGGCUACACGAUCGAGCGUUUCAUCCACGGCAUGGACGCCGGAUACAAUGAUGUUGUUCAGUGGAAGUACCAGGACACGGUCACGGUGUUCGGCGGCACCGACAAGACUGCCAAGAAAUUCCAGGUUCGCACCAAGGAGGAGCUGGACAAGCUCUUCAAGGACGAGAGCUUCAACAAUGCCAAGGAGGUGCAGUUUGUCGAGCUGUACAUGGAGAAGAAGGAUGCGCCGAGGGCACUCAUCAUGACGGCAGAGGCCAGUGCCAAGACAAAUUCGAAGGACAGCUAG